AUGGUGUUUGGGUUCGAACAGGCGAUGUUGCUACGUGGUGCGCGGAUAAUCCGUAGCCCUACAACGCGUCGGGAUAUCACCUUUUGGGUUAGCUACUGCCCCCCUAAUUCUAAUCUUAUUCGGGACUUUGCACUUCCUGGAAUCCGCGAAGCGAUUGCAAGCCUUGAUCGUGUUGGGCGUGCUAUUAUCUACUGCUGCGUGAGAGGCGUCGCGGAUAAGGUUGGGCGGGCCCUCGAUGCGCCGGUCUACCACUCGCAGUCUAGUAGUGUUGAGGAGAAGGCCUAG